AUGACGUUACCCAUCGCCGCGCCCGGCACGGAUCAUAGCCGCCACCGAUCUGAAAUCUCCAGGACGUCCUUGCGGACGCUUUCCUCCGCCUUCAGCGAUUUCUACGCCGGAAAUGCGGAGCACCUCAGCUACUACACUCUCUACAGCUGCGCUUACAACGUGGUUGCUGCCGACCAUGGCGAGGUGCUCUACACCCAGGUCGCGACCACCAUAGCGACGGAGGUGGAGAAGCUCGCCGCGUCUCUCUACAGCGCCGCCUCCGCGUCUGACGCUGAGUUCCUGCGGGAGCUGCUGGGCAGGUGGAAUAAGCAUUGCAACGCCAUUUCUAUGAUCGGCGACGUCGUCAUGUACUUGGACCGGACGUUCAUCCAGAAGACAGGCAAGGCGCGCGUCCCCGAGCUGGGCCUCAGGGCGUGGCGCGAAGGCAUGCUCGACGGCCUCGACGGCGAAGUCCCGCUGAGGCUGCAAGCCGCGCUGCUGGGCAUCGCGGGGCGAGAGCGGGCCGGCGAGGCCGUGGACGUCGCGCUCUACGACCUGACGGCCAGUGCGACGAAGAUGCUGCUGGAGCUGGGCGAUAGUGUGUACCAGGAAUUCUUUGAGACGCCGUUCCUCGACGAGACCCGCUGGUUCUACGCCCGCGAGUCCGUCCAGAUGCUCGCCUCGCCGUGCACCUGCGGCGAGUACCUGCGUACAGUCGAGUCCAUGAUCGACGCCGAGAUGGCGAGGGUCUCCCGCUGCUUCGAUGCUCGGAUGGAGGAGAAGGUAGUGGCGGUGGUCCUGACUGAGAUGGUCGAGAAGAACGUGGCGCGGCUGGUCGGCAUGGAGGGCUCCGGUCUCGCGUCUAUGCUCGUCGAUGGCAGCUACUCCGGCCCGUUCAGGACGGCGUGCCGGCGAUGA